AUGGCUCGCGGUAGCCUACUGAUUUAUCGAGCCAGUGCUGCUUUCCUCCCGGACAAGUCUGGUGCCAAUUUGCCGAACCUGGAGGGAUGGAAAGCUUUAGUACGGUUUUCAUUGGUAUGCGAUGCGAUGAUAUAUGAACCAUUCAAGCUUAGCAUAAAUGAGGAAUUGUUCGCUUCACAUAUUCUCAAGGCACGUCAAAGGAAGCAUUCAUAUUUAUCGCGUUCAUUCUGUCUGAAAUGCGCUGAUAUUUUGCCUGGACGCGUUGAUUUCAAUGUGCACUAUUGCUAUGGAAAGUGUGUAAUGUAUGAAAAGAAUCUACGGUAUGACUUCAAACCGUACGAUACUUUUCUGCAUAUUGCUGGUGGUAGUUCAGGCAUGUGCGGAAGAGAACGGGAAAGUUGUCAAGCAAGUUCUGUUUUCUCGGAAUACGCCACUUUGGCGCUCUUCGAUGCGCAUCCGCCAGGUGAUUUUUCUUUACGUCGUCGACCCAGUCGUUUCAAUUAA